AUGGGUGGAGUUGAGUUUGAAGUCACUGUUGACCCUACAGAUGCCGAGCAGUGGUUGGAAUGGAUUGAAAGAGUGUUUGAGCAGUUAGAGUGUUCAGACACUACCAAAUUUAAGUAUGUUGUCUCACUGUUACAAAAAUAUGCCUAUGAUUGGAAAGCUUAUGCAGAUUUAGAAGGUCCAUCAAAAAGAGGGAGGUUUGACAGUUCCAAAGCUAAUACUUUUCAAAAGUUAGCCCAACAUAAGCAGAAUAGAUCAAGUUUCUCUACUGCCAGCACUCCAAGCUAUGUCCAAGGCAAGACUCAUAUACCAACUUGUGCACAAUGUGGAAAGAAUCAUUUUGGUACUUGUAGAAGAGCUUUUGGCGCUUGUUUUAAUUGUGGGAGCUUCUAUCAUAAAGUGAGGGAUUGUCCUAAUCCUAAAUUCACUUAUUCUCUGCGUGUGGAAGUCUCAGUUCAAAAACCUGUUACCACUCCAUCUCAAGGGAAUAGAGGUGCAAGAUCUAGAAAUACACAAGCAAUAGGUACAGGAGCAACCAAUCCAGCUAGUGGGUCAAGAGCUAUAGCACGAGCUUAUGCAAUGAGACAGAGGGAUGACCAAGAUGAAGCAAAUGUGGUUGUUGGUAAAUUCCACUUAUUCGACUUAUGUGUUAUUACAUUAUUUGAUCCUGGUUCUACACAUUCGUAUAUUUUCUCAUCAUUGGUGUUUCCUAAAAAUGUGAAAUCUGUGAGACUCGAUUGUGGGGUGCUUGUCCAAAUUCCUUUGGGUCAACAAGUUGUUUCCAAUCAAAUCUAUCGAGGUUGUUCCUUGGUGAUUCAAAAUCUAGUCUUUCUUGCCGAUUUAAUUGAAAUGCCUUUCAAAGACUAUGAUUUCAUUAUCGGUAUGGAUUGGAUUUAUAGAUACUAUACGGUAGUUGAUUGUAGGUCAAAGGAUAUGACCUUUAAAGCUCUUUCACCUUCACACAUCAUUGUUCAAGGUGCAAGAUCAAUGACAUCUAAUAUCAUCUUCGUGGUGGUAGCAAGGAAGAUGGUUAUACAAGGUUGUCAAGCUUAUCUUGCUCAUAUAUUUGAUACACGCCUGAAAAGUCCAAGCCUUGAGGAUAUACCCGUGGUGUUUGAAGUUCCUGAUUUCUUCUCUGAAAAUCUUUCCGGACUGCCCCCGGAAAGGGAGGUUGAAUUUCCUAUAGAGUUUGUUCCUGGAACUACUCCUAUCUCUAUGACGCCUUAUCGAAUGGCUCCACUCGGUGAAGUGGCCUUUUUGGGACAUAUUGUGUCGGCGGCAGGUGUGAAAGUGGAUCCUAGUAAAAUUCAAGCUAUUGUUGAAUAA